AAUGCACUAUUUUUUAGACUUAAAUUUUUUUUAUUUUUUAUGGUCAUACAACUUGAUGUCGAGAUGAUCAAUCAAAGGGUUUUUCAACAUUAAAACGACCUUUUUCGCUGGAUAUUUGAGGUGCAUCCGCGGCUAUAGGGGUAUUCGCUGGAUAAUUGAGGUGCAUCGGCGGCUAUAGGGGUAAGGAUGCAACCUUACAUUUGCCAUCCAAAACAAGGGGUAGGGGGUGGAAUUGCCAUUAUGCUCCCGCUCCUUUCGUUGUUCCGUGGCCAUUUACGCUCCCACACGCUUUUUGAAAUUUCAAAUCCCGACUCCGCACUUCAACCCGCCAGCCUCCACCCUUUCUUCACUCUCUCUCUCUCUCUCUCUCUCAACCACACUUAAUAAGGACCCUCCCCGUCUCUCUCUCUCCCUCAAGGCAUAAGCCCCUCGCUCUCUCUCUCGCCCCCUAAAACUGACAAAAAAACCACCAGGCAUAACACUCUCACUCUUGCCCUAAUCCUUAUUCCCUGCUCUUCCUGCCUGCUGCGAUCUCUCUCUCAUCUUUCGAGACCCUCGAGAUCUUUGCUCCCCUUUCUUUGCAGCAGAAGCCGCCUGUGAUGCAAUCAAUUCCUUGUUUUCAAGACCAAAAGAACAAGACUAGGAGAUAGGGAUUUUGUUAUGCGGACGCCAUGACCACGUCUUCUUCUUCCUUCGCUCAAAGAGAUCACACUUACAGUCGCAAGCAGAAAUCCCUUGGUCUCUUAUGCGUCAAUUUCCUAGGCUUGUACAAUCGUGACGACACGGAGUCAAUUGAACUGGAUGAAGCUGCCACACGUCUAGGGGUCGAGAGGCGUAGGAUUUAUGACAUUGUUAAUGUUCUGGAAAGUGUUGGGGUUCUUGCGAGGAAGGCUAAGAACCAGUAUAAAUGGAUAGGGAUGGGUGGGAUCCCUGGCGCUUUAGAAUGUCUCAGAGAAGAUGCACUCAAGGGGAACCCGGACAGUAACUAUGCAAUUUCAUCAGAUGAUGUGAAGGAUUUUGAUGAUGAUGAAGAUGAAGAGUCACUCUCCCAAAAGAAAUCUGAUCCUUCUGAAACUGCAACAUCCAAGCCAAAGCAAGAUGGUAGAAGGGAGAAAUCCUUGGGGCUUCUCACUCAAAAUUUUGUGAAAGUGUUCCUUAUGACCAAGGUGGAGAUAUUAACACUGGAUGAUGCUGCAAAAUUCUUGCUUGGUGAGACUCAUGAAUCAGCCAAGACGAGAAAUACAAAGAUGAGAAGACUGUAUGACAUAGCUAAUGUUUUGUCCUCCAUGAAUCUCAUUGAGAAGACCCAUCAACCUGAAAACAGGAAACCUGCCUUCCGAUGGCUAGGGUUGAAAGGUGGAACAGAAAACAAGGUGGAAUCUAGUUGUUUUAAUCUUAGUGAGAGGGAAAUCAAGAAAAGGGAGUUUGGCUCAGAUAUUACUAACAUUGAUUUCAAAAAGAAUAGAAUUGAGACAUUUGUUCAGCAGCCCAUCAAUGCUUUGCAUGAAACGGGUGUGUGUGUGCCAAGAAAAGAUCUAAAUUGGAAGCCACAAAAAGAAGUACCACAUGCACAACAUAGCUACGACCAUCCCCAUCUGCAACAGUCAAAGCAAGAACAGAAACAACAAUUUCGACUGCAACAGCACCAGCAGCCACUUCAACAACAAGAAGGGAAGCAGCAACAGCUGCAAUCAGGUCACCAACAGAAAGAACAGCAACAGGAUCAAGAGCAACAACAAAAUACAAAAGGCGUUGUGUUUGGUCCCUUUGCUCCUGCUUGUUUGCCCCGAGAGAACCAGAACGAUGUGAAGAAGACUCAGGACUGGAUGAAAUUGGCAACCUCAUAUCGUCCUCAGUACCAUAACCAAGAUCGUUCUAAUAAUCCAACCAAGGAACAUGUGGAAUCUAUUGAGAAACAGGUAAAAGUGUACACCUCUGAUGUAAACGAUUAACCCAAACUCGUUGACUUGUCAGAUGCAUUGGCUUAUCCACAAUGGAAAGCAGCCGUGAUUGAGGAAAUGAUUGCCUUAGAGAAGCAACGAACUUGGGAUGUAAUUGAUUUUCCACAAGGAUGUGUUAAGGAUGCAGGUGCGUGUAUACCCUAAAGCACCAACCAGAUGGUUCGAUUAUGGGUACUUUUAUCUAUUGCAGCAAAUAGGAAAUGGUCACUCUACCAGCUAGACGUGGAGAAUGCUUUUCUCCAUGGAGAUUUGCAAGAGGUAGUGUAUACAGCAUUUCAAAAUGUGGUCGUAUCGUCGCAUAUGCGCCACAUCGUG